UCCUGAUGAAGUCGAGACAGUCUCCGAAGCGAUCGCCUCCGCGGUCUCAGGCCCGGCACAGUCCGGACGAGCAUCCAAGACCAAAGCAGAUGCCAAGAUCGAUGGCGCGCUGGUCUGGACUCGGACGGAUCAGCACAACACUUCUGGCAGCAACAUUGCUCCUACUCUGGUGGAUAGUUCUCACUGAUAGAGGAUCCGAGGCACUGGAAAGAACCCGGGCGCAGUUCUCCAGAGAAGACUGGGACAGGCAUCGGGAAGAAGUGAAAGAGGUAUUCAUUGACAGCUGGGAUGCAUACGCCGAGCAUGCGUGGGGUCACGAUAGAUUCCAUCCUCUAUCGAAGAAAGGCUCGCAGAUGAGUCCGAAAGGCUUGGGCUGGAUUAUUGUGGACAGCCUGGAUACGCUUAUGCUAAUGAAUCUGACCUCACGUCUCGCUGAUGCGCGUCGAUGGGUGUCUCGUAGUCUGGAUUACGAGCAAGACCAGGAUGUCAACACUUUCGAGACGACGAUUAGAAUGCUUGGGGGCCUUCUUUCCGCACACUAUUUGUCGAAAGAACUGCCUGGCAUGUCUUCCGCUAGGGACUAUGUGUAUCUCUCCAAGGCCAGAGACCUGGCCGAUAGGCUACUCGGUGCCUAUGACAGUCCAUCGGGCAUCCCAUUUGCCAGUAUUGAUCUCAGGUCAGGGAAAGGCAUUCGGUCGCAUUCCGAUGGCGGAUCUUCUUCGACGGCUGAAGCCACUACGUUGCAAAUGGAGAUGAAAUACCUUGCCAAUUUGACCGGAGUGGAGGCAUAUUGGCGCAGAGCAGAGAAUGUGAUGAAAGUGGUUGACGAGCAACGAGCGGCUGCUGGUUUAGUGCCCAUUUUCAUAAAUGCAGAUAGCGGAAGAUUCACGACAGGUGAAGUACGCCUUGGAAGCCGAGGUGAUUCUUACUACGAGUACCUCAUCAAACAAUAUCUUCACACUUCCGAGCAGGAGCCGGUCUAUCUCGACAUGUGGCAGGAAUCCUUACAUGGCAUUGAACAACACCUCCUCGUGCCGACGAAAAAUUCAAAGCUACUCAUGGUCGCUGAACUUCCGCAAGGCGUCGGCGGCCCAUUAUCUCCCAAAAUGGACCAUCUCGUCUGCUUUCUGCCCGGAGCAAUCGCUCUCGGCGCUACAAAUGGCCUUACAGAGCAAGCAGCCAGAAAACUACCCACCUGGACCGCACAGAAAAGCAAAGAAAUGCAUCUGGCGCGAGAGCUGAUGAAGUCCUGUCAUGCGAUGUACAAGGUCACAAAGACCGGCCUCGCGCCGGAGAUUGUAUGGUUCAAUAUGGACGAACAGCGCACAUCUAGUGCCCGCAUACGAAAAAGUCGAAACUCUCCGGACGAGUGGAGAGACGACUUUAUCAUUAAGCCCUUGGAUGCCCACAAUCUCCAGAGACCGGAGAGCGUCGAGAGCCUUUUUGUGAUGUGGCGUAUCACGGGAGAUUCGAAAUAUCGACAAUGGGGACUCGAGAUUUUCAAUGCUUUCCGGAAACACACAGCCGUCGAACUCGCCGGAGGCUACACGUCGUUAGAGAACGUCAACGAAAUCCCUCCCCCGCGUCGCGACAAUAUGGAAAGCUUUUGGCUGGCCGAGACGCUGAAGUAUUUGUAUCUUCUGUUUUCGCCUGUCGAUUUUCUACCGCUUGAUAGGGUCGUUUUCAAUACAGAAGCUCAUGUGCUACCUAGGAUUGAGCUAGGGAAGUUCAGUACAGGUUGGACGCGGACGCGGACUUGACGAGGAGGCUACAAAGGCAGACAGACCUCAGUCAUGUAUUUCUUAUUCCUAGCCGAAAAGUGAGCAUACUGAGCAUUUCUCUUUCGUG